AUGAUGACCUCGCCAUUGAAGAAGCAGCCGCAGGAUGUAGCCGACUGUGUCUUGAAGCGUGCAGAAGUUAGCAAGAUUGCCCGCCGACUCCAGAAUCGCCUCGCACUUGCGCAGUUCAAGACCAAGCAUGGUUGGGAAGACCUCACACUCGACAUCAUCGAACCCAAGGUGGAGGAGGAGAUACGCCGCAAGCGUCUGUACGAGGGCGACGUCCUGUCCGACUCUUCUUCGAGUGCAUCCGACUUGCCUUACCCGACAAAGACUCUCAUGAGCUCGCCGCUCAAGGCACCCUUGUUCUCCGAUGCGGUCGGUUCCAGCAAUGGCAGCUCCGGGCAUCGCAAACGCACCUACUUUGCCUCGUUUGACGGCGACGCCUCGAGCCCGACAAAGCGCUUCCGCGGCUCUCCGACAAUGCACAAAUCGUUUGCCGGUCAUACUCUGUGGAAGGACGGUCAUCAGCUCACUCACUCCUCUCCCAUGAAGCCCCGCCGGCAGCAACACUUCACCACCUCGGCCGGACCGGACGUCUCCUUUUUCCAGCAGCGAAGAAUGACCAACGAGCUAAGCGCUCAUCCGAAUUUCACCGCCCCGGAAGAGGAGGAUGACGACCUGCUGCCUGCGCACUCGUUCGCCGCCAACGUCCGAUCUUCUCCACCUCGCACGCCACCAAUGCAAUCCCGAUCUCUGAGGAAGAAGGCGGAUGGUACAGAGGCGGGCCAAGAGGGAGCAGAUCUUUUGCUGUACCUUGCAGCCUCGCCGUCGCCAGCAGUGAAGCCGCACAGGGCUCGGAUCGAGCGGCCGUCGACACCACCCCCGAAGAACAGCAAACUGGACUUGCCCUCCGCCAUGAUGACCACCCCUGGAGGAGGCAAUCCAUUCCCCAACACGCCGGGCCAGGGCUUUGACUUUGCCGACUUUGUCAACAUCACCCCGAGCCCGGCUCAAAAAGUCUGGAAGACUCCGAAUCCUCUUUCUGGCGCUCGCACUCCCCGAAGCGUUGCCAGAAAGCGCCUUACGUUUGAUGAGCCUCGACCUUGA